AAAGUUAAAAAUAUUCUUCCAUUGGUAGGUACUUACCUACGAUUGCCUGACCUAUCUACUAUAGAUGUAAAUUGUAAAUACAGUACAUUUUCCUUAUAUUCGUUUCUGAAAGAAUUAGAUAAUGUUAGUUUCUUGGAUUUUUCCGAACAAUUAAAAAGAAAUACUUGAUCUUUUCCUUUUAAGAAUGAAAUUCUAACUUAGUACAUACAUUUUAAGUUUAUUUUAUUUUUCAUCAAGACAUGAUAAAAUAUUGUACGGGUCAAAGUGCAUUCAGAUAAGUCCUAAUUCUUGUUUUAUAUACGUGACAGUCAUUACUUUUGCCAUGUCUGAGUUUGGAAAAUUCGGGCCUCUUGUUGGCGCUAUAGAUGAGGGCACAUCAAGUGCGCGAUUCAUAAUAUUCAAGGCGAAUUCUGCAGAAGUGGUAGCCUUCCACCAGAAAGAACUAGAACAGCGGUUUCCACAGGAGGGAUGGGUGGAACAAGACCCCUGUGCCAUUUUAGAGGUGGUUACUACUUGUAUAGAGAAAGCUGUUGAAAAGUUGAUAGAUUUAGGAGGCAGUGUUAAGGAUAUUGUAGCUGUAGGUGUAACAAAUCAGAGAGAGACAACAAUUGUAUGGGACCGUGCCACUGGCAAGCCUCUGUACAAUGCUGUAGUAUGGCUGGAUAUGAGGACUUCUUCUACAGUUGACAAGCUACUCGAUACAGUACCAAACAAGACUAAGAAUAAGAAUUAUUUAAAGCCGCUAUGUGGUCUUCCUCUGUCAACAUACUUCAGUGCAGUGAAGUUGAGAUGGCUCUCCGACAAUGUGGAAGCUGUGAAGGUGGCAAUGAGGGAGGGCACCUGCUGCUUUGGGACUGUAGACACUUGGAUUAUUUGGAAUCUUACAGGAGGCCCUAACGGUGGCGUCCACGUGACUGACGUCACAAACGCGUCUCGAACAAUGUUGAUGAAUAUAGAAAAUCUUAAUUGGGAUCCUUUACUGUUGCGCUUUUUUGAAGUGCCCAAAUCUGUGCUUCCAAAAAUCAAAUCCAGCUCGGAGAUCUAUGGCUACAUAGCAGAUGGAUCCCUCAAAUCUGUGCCUAUAUCAGGUUGUCUUGGGGACCAACAGGCCGCUUUGGUAGGCCAAAUGUGCUUACAGAAAGGACAGGCCAAAACGACGUACGGAACUGGCUGUUUUGUGCUAUAUAAUACGGGUGAUAUUCGAGUAGACUCAAGGCGGGGUCUCUUGACUACUGUAGGUUAUCAAUUGGGCCCUAACAAUCCUGUGAGCUACGCGUUGGAAGGUUCAGUGGCCAUCGCAGGCGCGGCAUUAGGAUGGCUGCGGGACAAUCUAGGGCUGAUAGAAGACGCGAAGGAGUCACAAUCGUUGGCUGAGACCGCCACGGAAGAUGGCAGUGUGGUCUUCGUGCCGGCCUUCAGUGGAUUGUACGCACCAUACUGGAGGCAGGAUGCUAGGGGGGUGAUAUGCGGCAUAACGGAAGAUACGCAGUCGAACCACAUAGUGAAGGCGGCGCUCGAAGCUGUGUGCUACCAAGUGAGGGAUAUACUCGACGCCAUGAACGAAGACUGCGGGAUACCGCUGCAGCUGAUGAAGGUGGACGGCGGGAUGACGUCAAACGGCCUAGUGAUGCAAAUGCAAGCCGACUUGAUCGGGAUAAACGUGAUCAGAGCAGGUUUCGCUGAGAGUACAGCUCUCGGCGCCGCGUUAGCCGCAUAUAGAGGGCUCAGCGACAACGCGCAAAUCCCACCCAUCGAAAUAGCCUCCGGGGCCACGUACGUGCCCAGAAUAAGCGAGGACGAACGGGACAUGAGGUACAAGCAGUGGAAAAUGGCCGUCGACAGGUCAUUAGGAUGGGACCAGAAUUAACUGUCCGAUUUGAUCCCGAUAGUUGAAACACGCGUGUGACUAUUUUUUUUUCUGAGAUAUUGUGUAAUGCUAAUACGCUAUCGCGAUAUAGUUCGCCGAACUUUAACAGACUCGGUAUAUACUUUGUGUUGGUUUUUCAUUGCGGGAUCUAAAAUUUCUCAGACGAACUACGCGAUGUUAAUUGAAUGCAUUAGCGAAGGUAUCGCCGAUAGUGCGCCGUCGGCAUUCACCGCAAUGAAAAACCAGUAAUGAAUGCCAAAUCCGUCUGAAUUCGGCGAACUUCUCCGCCAUAGUGUGUAGCUGGCGAAAAAUGAGGAGUUUAUUGGAUAUGGAUACGAAUAAAACUUAUUUUAUUUUAAAAAAGUUUGAUGCGUCAUUUCAACUGUCGGGGGUAGCGUUAGAGCUUUAUUUUUUAUACAAACAGAUAUAUUGAAUAAAUGAUAAAUGGGACUUAGUAACUAUGAAAUAAGUGCUAAUUUAGAGUACGUAAUGUUUUGUUUGAUGUAAUUACUAAUUAUAAACGAUGUCGUUAAGUUUGAUGUAAUUAUGUUUUUUUUUGAUUUAUGACAAAUUUCUUAUCAAUUUGCAAAUAGUUUUGUUACGCUCUGUUAUACGAGUAAAUUAUACAUCAAACAUUUUUUAUUAUAUUCUAUGGUCGAGUUAUGUUAUUUUUAAUGAAGAGUAACUUACGAUUUUAAGCAACAUUUAAGGUUUAAGGUAAACUAUGUUUUUAAGUUGUUAUGUUUAUGAAAGGCACAUAAGAAAUCACGACUGUGCCAUAUAUAAUUUGUUCAAAUUAUUUUUCUUUGUUGUUUCCUUUGAGUGAUAUGUUGUCGUACUAUAAUGUUUUUUGAUGAGAUAAAGGUUGAAUUGUCUAUCAUAAUAUCAUUACCUUUGGCCCUAAAAAUACCUAGAAUUGCCGGGUACAAAGAAUAUAUAUUUUUGGGAACAUACAUACAUGACGUAAAAGCGUUCAAAUAAUAAAAAAAUAUAUUAUAUUAGGUGCAUUACCUGUAUGUAGUAUACUAAGUAUUGAUAUUUAGAUAAAUUCAAAUGACAUAAUAAAUAAAAAUAUUAAUAAGACACAAUUUUAUUUUAAAAUAUUGCUUCUUCUAGCUAUUAUAGUGUGCAAAUGAAUUAAUAUUAUCAUUGUUUUUGUGGCUUAAUUUUUGGUUAAUAUCCGCCAAUAUAGAUUAUGUAUAACUGUUAUUUCAAAUGUAGACAUCGUUCUAUUUCGUUUUAAAAGACAAAUACGUAUUGCUCAUUACGUUAACUAAAUAUUUACACAUACCUCAUAAACUUUUUAUUUAUUAAUUAAAAACUAGGCAAGGUUCCAAAAAGCUGUGUCAGUGGCGCCUCAUUUGUCUGCACAGAUUUUAUUAGGCGAGUCGACGCACUAAGAACUCCACAUUCCAAUAUAGUAGCAUAUAGUUCCUUAAUUCCAAUAGUUAUGUGACAAAUGUUGUGUAUACCUACCAUCUUAUAAAAAAAUCUUGGCCCUACCAAGCCGCCUAGGUAUAAUCCGAAUCAUUUAAAAUGGCCGUUUUGAAUACUAUCGGGAUAGUUUAGAGCCCCCGUCCUGAAUUAUUCGGAUUAUACUUUGAUGAGCGAGUUUACAAAUUUUAUGAAUAUGGUUUGUUGUUAUUAGGUAAAUAUUUAAUGCAAUUUACUUGCUAUUUUCGCUUCUUUAAUGCACGUUCGUCCUUCCUUCCAAAUAAUGAUAUUAAAAGAGGAUUUGGUUAUUUUGUUGGGGAAAGAAAAGUGAACAUCAUAUUUUUUUAUAUCAAAUGUGAUGCUAAUACCUAUCUUUAUAUAGCCAUGCACUAACAUGAGAGGGUAGAAUUACUAUUGUAAUAAUUAAAAGUAAUUAAACGAAGAUUAAUGACAAAUAAUACCAAAAUGUGUUUCACGAAUCACAUUGUUAGUAGUAAUAUAAUAAAAAUAGUUUGAAUAUUUCAAUAAGAAUAUUUAUUCAUCAAUGAAUUAAUCAGGGCCUAAAGUUAAGGGAAAAUAAUAUAUGAUCGAAUACUUUAUAAUAUAAUGCUUUGCUUACAGUGAUGGGUUUAUGUCCAAUUUUGCAACGAAAAUUAACUGGGAUAAUGCUGGACGAAAAAAAGGUUUGCUUGUGUUUUAUUUUCAAAUGUUUAUAUUAUUUUUUGACUUUUUAUAGCGUGUAAUAGUUAUUGCUUACAAAUGAUUUUUAAUAUGUUUAUAAAGAGGUAAUAAUUAAUGCUUUAUCAUAUGAUUGUAAAGCAUUCCAUCACUUUAUAUUAGAGUAGACAAUUGUUAUAUAGUAUGAAUAUAUUAUACGGACAAAUUAUAAGUCGUAUAUAGCUGUCAAACUUAAAUAUAUUUUGUAUAAACUGUCACACUCCAUUUCCGGUCUCUUGGCUAAACAUCUAGCUUCUACUUGCAUUUUACAAUUCAAAUGCAAUUAUAUCGCCAAAAACAGUUCAAUUUCGAAAUUUGUCAUUCGAUUAUACACUUAUUUCAUUUUAUUUAUAAAAAAAGACCGGGAAACUUUGACAAGCAGCUGUAGAUGAUAAUAAAGAGGUACAUGAAAUUUGAUAAUGGUGUCUGAAAAUCCGUAAUUUGAGUUUAAUUUUAAUUUCUUUUUAAUUCAUAUACAUUCAUUUAUAAUUUAUCUCAGAUAUUACACAGGAUAUUAAAAAACAAAUUUUACGUAAAUCGGUCUCAUGUUUACGCUCUGUUUUGUCUUGUUAUGUUAACAAUUCUACCAUGUCUUUUUAUGAUUUUACACCAAUAUCAAUUAUAAAAGACUAAGGAAAACUUUCGUGGUUAAUGAAUGUUUUACUUUAUAUUAGAGAGGUUUGAAUAAUUGAUUUAUUUACAACACUAUUGAAGAAAGAAUUGAGUAAAGAUUGGUUAUAUGUUAGGACUCGUAAGAAAAAAGGGAGUGUAGGCAUAUGUAUGGAAUUCGUGUUAUAUCAUAUUUUCGUGUAACUCUCGUGUCGUUAUUCUCGUGUAUAUUAUUUCUCGGACUGUUAACUAAAUCCCGAUGUAAAUGUUUACUGUUAAAUAUAUAAUAUUGAUUUGUUAAA